AUUGCAGCAGGAAAAAAAAACUAUAAAAAAAACUAUAAAUCUUAAUAAUAAUCAGAGGCUUUCCUUUGGGCGUUUUUAACUGAUGGCUGAAGGCUGGAAGGGGAGCGGCCGCUCAUUUGCAAGACGCGAGCGAGCUCUAGGUCCUUCAUGGGAGAAGACAUUUUGCACUUCAAUUUGCCAUGUUUCUUGGGAGAGAAUCUGUGCAGCUAAGGUGAUGAUCUCCGGAUACAAUAAUAUAGCAGAAUGGAAUGACUCUGGAGCACUUGAAGCCUUUACGAAUGCGAAGGCUCGAUAUUGGGCUGAAAUCAGUGGUCUUUCUAAUGACAUUCCUUUGCCUGACCCAAACAUGUACAUUGAAAAAAUCGAGUAUAAUUCUAUCAUCGAUCCAGAGCUAGUGGCGGAUUUAUACAAACAGCCGCAGCCUCCUCCCCCCGAAGGCAACAAGUACGAGGAUCUCAGUUACGAAGCUUUUCUGAAUGCAAAUUUAUCAAAUUUACCCGUUAAAGCAACUGGAUGGGGUGAUGACGAAGAGGAAGAUACAACUAAACAUCAUUCGAAUUGGGAUGCAUUGGUUGAAAAGCCGCUGCCAGAUACUGGAUGGGCUGACAACAAGAAGCUUGAAAGUUUCGAGAAUGAUGGCGGUGACAUCGCAUGGAGUGGUCCGAGUUAUGAUAAUUCUUGGCAAAAGCAAAGAAAAUUUGUCUCACGGAGCAGAGGUGGAAGAAGAAAGUCCAUGGAACAAUGGAAGCCAAAAGCUUACAUAAAGUGAAGAUGUUAGUUUUUUUUUUUUUGUAUGAGAUCACUUGAAAGUUUAUGUGGUGGUGCGGGAAUCUUCAACUAUAACAAUUUUCGUUACGUUUUAUAAAAUAUUAACUAUUGUAUGUGUUUUGUUUUCAUAUUUGUUGGAAGGUUGUAUCAACAACAUAGUCAAAUAUUUGAUCUA